GUACUCCAACUUUAGCCGAGGAGAGCCAAUGUAUACGUGGUGUUGACAGAUUGCAGAGUUAUUUGUAUCUACAAGGUGGCUCGAUAUUCAGUGACAAUAUCCGAUUCUCGUAUCAAUCCAUACCAAUGCAGACGUUAACUUACGAAGCCAAGGAUACCCCUUCAAGAGGGUGGAAAUACCUUGUGACCAUUAUGGAAUGCUCUAAGGAACAGCUUGGAUGGAUCGAUCCAUCUCUCUCCUUCGGUUUAGAAACUGUAAGACGAAUUCAACCGAUCAGUGCAGGAAGGACUAGCAUCGUAUAUUUAGGAAAGCGUGAUGAAAAGGAAACAGUGGUCGUGAAAAUAGCAAAAAGCGAAGAUUAUUUGUCUUGUUUUAAAAGGGAAAAAAGCGCACUGGAAGCUCUUUCGAGUUUGAAUUCACCUCAUCUUCAGACCCUCCUCCUGUAUGGUGACGGCAUCCUUGUCACAACUCCUUAUUGUGAGAAAGUAAAUAAUCUGCGAAAAGAGGAUAUCAGAAACAUCAUCAACACCCUCAAGGCCGUCCAUUUAAAAUACAAGCUUGUACACAUGGAUCUUCGAAAAUACAACUUUCUUCGUAAUGAUAAUGGAGACAUCGUGAUUAUCGAUUGGGGAUAUAGCGUAACGGGAGACCAAGCUGGGAAUUUUGCGGGUGCACUUGAAUGCAUGCUCGACGAUGUCUUGAUAUCAUUGGUCAACGGGGAACAACCAUCUUAUUCACCGAAAAUUGACUUAACAUGUUUGGCAAUGGCGUUUUACUUGAUGCUUCAUAAACCGGCACAGGCGCUAGUGGAGAGACUUUCCUUUGAUAGAACUCCUAACUUCAGGUUACGGGCGCAAAAUAUAUUGAGCUUUUGGGAGUCUAAUGCGAAAUCAGGAUUGUGGAAUAGAAUUUUUCAAAAAGCAGAAAACUUGAACUACGAUGACCUAAUCGAAGAACUUGAAAAUUUUUUUUAG